UUCAUAACUGCGCAUGCGCAAACAGACGGCUUCGGAAACACGCGUCACUUCCGGCUUCGUUUUUGAAAUUUCUGACUUUAGCGCUCCUCUAAAGUUAGUAUUUGUUUCUUGUAAAUAAACUGAAGCAUUCCGUUUAGCGGUGUGAUGGACAUCCAUGGUAUGGAGCCAAUGUCUCUGGGUUCCCCAUCGUCCCCAAAGCCAGUGGGUGGAGCUCAGUUCCUCCCUGGGUUCUUGAUGGGUGACUUGCCUGCUCCUGCUACUCCACAGCCAAGACCCCUGAGCUUAAGUGUGGGUGGAGCUGAUACUAGAGCACUGCCCCUCACAGGUGUAUCAGGAGGUUCUCCUCCUCAGCCGGUUGUUCCUACACCUAAAGAUAAAAGUGGUGCCCCACCUGUGCGGAGUAUUUAUGAUGACCUGUCCAGUCCCAUAGUUGGAUUCUCUCCUCUCACAUCACGCAAACAGGUGUACUCUGUGAUGCACACACCUUUGGCUGGUUUGGCUGCAACUCCAGGAUCUGUAGGCAGUGUGUUUAGCCCUGCCUCUGCAGGACAUGUGAAGACUGCCCUGUCACCUGCACAGGUAGACCCGUUCUUCACUCAGGGAGACACCCUUUCCUCUGAGGAUCAGCUGGAUGAGACCUGGGUCACGGUCUUUGGGUUUCCCCCAGCGUCUGCGUCAUACAUACUCCUCCAGUUUGCUCAGUAUGGGAACAUCCUCAAACACAUAAUGUCUAACUCAGGAAACUGGAUGCACAUUCAAUAUCAGUCCAAACUGCAGGCCAGAAAAGCGCUCAGUAAAGAUGGCAAAAUAUUCGGAGAAGCCAUCAUGAUUGGGGUCAAGCCUUGUAUUGAUAAGUGUGUGAUGGACUGCUCAGACCGGAGCAGUGCUGCAGUGUUCACUCCUCCAGUGAAGAACAGUGGAACUUCCAUCUCUACACCACGUUCAUCCAUGAGACCCCUCAGCACACCACUCACACACACCAACGCUGAUUAUCAGGUGGUGUCGGACAAAGGGACCCCACGGAAAGAUGACAGCUUUGUGUCUAAAGCAAUGGAGUACAUGUUCGGUUGGUGAUGGAGGUGUGAGACAGACCAUGUCACUGGCCGAGUGGAAACAGAGUUGUAAGACAGAGCACUUUAGUGUAUGCUGGAUCUUGAUAAACGGACACACACAAGUUGUCAGCUGUGUGAUGAUGGAUGGACGUCACAGCCUUAAUCCUGCUGCUCAGAGAACACUCGGAUGUCAGAGAUAUCUAAUCACAUACAUACAGACACCAGCACGGGUCCUUUUAAUUAUCUGAAAGCCUUUUUUUUUUAACCACAUGUACAUUCAGAAUUGCAUUCACUGAUAUUUGUAUUUUGAAUCCUCUCAAUUCUGUACUGAUGUGUAAAUAAAUAUCACUUUGUCUAA